CUUUGAGCGAGUACCGGCGCCACCGCAGCACAUAGAAGGACGUGCGCGAUCCGCUAUCCCAGUGCCGCUCGGUGACAGUGCCCCACGGUGCUUUCCGCUAUUCAACGCUUCGAUGAUUCGCCGCCUGACGCUGCCCGCUCACCACAGCUGAAAGGAUACCACACACAAUUCGCCGCGUAACACUCAACCAACUGUAAGCUCUUUCGAGAUCAUUUUCUGCCCUGUGGUAUCGAAGGAAAGGGCUGUCACUGACGUACAUCCCAUCUUUGUGUACGAGCUCAACUUUCCCCUACUCAUCAGUAUUAGUACACCAUUUGCACUGACUGUUUGAUGGGCAAUUACUGCAAACGUUCACUCAUGUUGUUCACCCAACACCUAUUUAUUACCAUUAUCGUGGGUGUUGCCCUCUUCACCUGCUGCCAACCGUCUGCUGCUGAAACAGAGCAGAGCUUGCGGAAAGUGCAGAAAAAUGAAAGCCUGCCAGCUACGAGAGUAGAGCGCUCAACAGCGCUCUGCGGCAACGACGACCCUCCGCCGGCCGCCACCGAGCCGAGGAAGAACAGUGAGUCAAAGUCACGGGUCAAGCGCACGCGCAGAUUACCAUAUAGGUGGGCGCGACAAGUACCACCAGCCGUCGGGGUCGGAUGGACACAGUACCAGGGUCAAACGGGCACCUUCCAGCAGUCUUGGUACACGGACUCAUCGGGCCGGGUCAUUGCUAACGAUCAGACAGUAAACGGUCGUCACCUUCCGCCGUCGGCCCCGGCAAUCACAUGGUCACCCUUGCCUCCGGGAGCGCCGGUUCCCCCGGGUCUGCAGGACGCGAUAACCAAGCUAAUAGUUGGCGCUGUGCAGCCGGUGAACCCGGCUGGACCUGGACCCCAAGUAAUUCCGGCAUCACCGGUCGGAGGGGAAGGACCAGAAGGCCAGCCAGGAGUACCCGCACAGCAGCCGUACGGAUUGGGUAGCGGUGUUCAGCCUGUCCCGGGAGUCGUUGGGAUCCCAGAUACUGCGGCUACCGUACAGGACGAAGCCGAGCAGGAUAUUUAUAGGCCAGCAAGGCCCCAGAAACCCACGCAAGGCACGCAGGAUGGCAGGGCUGGCGUACAGCCAAAGCUUGUGCUCUCUUUCCAGAAGGCUGUGCCCCCGAAGGAGGAGGAAGAUGAGAAGGAUGAGAAAGAGGAAAGAUUGCCUCGCAUGCCCCCCUGGCAAGGCCACGGCGGUGGGCCUCCAGGUCACGGCGGUGGGCCUCCAGGUCACGGCGGAAUUCCACCUGGCCAUGCAAAGAGGGGUGGUGGUAAAAAGAGGAAAGGCCCACACGGAGGGGGCGGUGGCCGCGGUGGUGGACGUGGUAAUGGCCCUGGUGGACGCGGUGGUCCCGGCGGUGGUGAUUAUGACUACUACGACGCCCAAGAAGGCCGUGGAGGUCGUGGUCCUCCACGUGGUGAAGACUAUCCCGAUCGUCCGUAUCCGGGACGAGGAGGUCAUGGACAUCCUCCGCCGCAUGAAGGCUACCCAGAAGACCCUUACCGUGACCAGCGGCCGCCACCGCAGCAACCGCAGCAUAGGCCACCUCCCGAAGAAAGACCGCGACCACAGCGGCCUCCGCCACCACAGGAGAGGCCUCCGGCACAGAGGCCCACGCCGCCACUUCCGUACGAUCCGAACGAACCCGAAGAACCACCCGAGGACGCACCCCCAGCCGGGCGCCCAUCGCAGAGUCCUAACCUGCGAGACUUGCAGCCACUUUGCGGAGUCCGGAGUCUUGCGUUUGCGGAAGACAAGUCGAGCGACUACCAGACUGUGCCCUUCAUCGUGGGCGGCAACGUGACCUCCCACCGGAGCUGGCCAUGGAUGGCCAAACUUGAAGUGCUCAAUCCCGACGAGAUAACAUACAAAUUCUUAUGUGGAGGCAGCCUCAUCAGUGCCCGCUACAUGAUCACUGCGGCCCACUGCUUCAGCCCAAUACCGGAGCGAGCACAGAACUACCGCGUGGUGUUCUUCUCGCCCCGGCCGGGCUUCACGCUGGAGCGUAUCGUGGAGAAGAUCAUCAUCCACGACAAGUACAACAGCUACUCGCAUUACUACGACAUCGCGGCGGUGCGUUUCAACCGUGACCUGCUGCGGCCUUUCAUGCCGAUCUGCCUGCCCACGCCGACUUUCACUGGCCGAGCCCUCUCAGAUCAGGAGGCGUUCGUCAUCGGAUGGGGGUCCACAAAAUUCGGUGGACCCAGCAGCAAGGAACUUCGCGAAGUGUCGCUGCCCAUCUGGUCGAACUCGGAGUGCAAGAAAGUCUACGACCCGCUAAACUCGCAGCACAUCGACAAGGGCAUCACGCCGCAACAGCUCUGCGCGGGCCGCAAGGAGGGCGGCGUCGACGCGUGCCAGGGUGACUCCGGUGGGCCCCUCAUGGUGCUAGACGACAACAAGAGGUGGACUCUGGUGGGCAUCGUCUCGUUCGGCCACUCGUGCGCAAGCCCAAACUUUCCGGGCGUGUACACGCGUACGGACUCUUACCUCGACUGGAUACGGCAGAACGUCAACUUCACGGCGUGACCGCACUGUCGCGCCCUUUUAGGAUCUUUGAAAUUUGCUUCUUUUUAAAAAGUUCGUGCCCCAAUGGGUGCUCUUCCUUCUUUUUUUAUGCUAAAGACUCUGCGCUGGUCGCACAAACAAAUGUUGAACAGUUUUAACGGGACCUACAUUAGCACGAGCUUUCCUUUUGCGGCAAAGCUGCGAUGCAGUUGCGCUCAUUUCGUAAUACUAACAACACUCCGGAAUACCUAUAAAAUGCUCAUUGCCGGUGACUGGUGUUCCGAUAGAAUGUCGAUAGGGCGUUUUUUCUUGCGCUUUCUCAAAUGCAGAUUUUAUAUAGAGUGAUUUGUACGUGCAAGACCUAGCCAGUGGCUUACUCCUCAACAAGACCCUUGAAGUAUCUCUGCUCAAACACAAGUGACACACACGUGACACACGUGUGGACAUGAAGAGCCUCGGCGAUUCUACUCUUAAGCAUGGUUCACUCGGUGAAUGCUCGUCGACAACGUGUCAUUGUCGCUCUAACUCCUUGCCAUGGUACGUGACUGGAAGGUGAACGUAUUGAAAGAAUUACUUGUAUAUAUGCAGAUAGGUUUCCUAAACAUGGGAAACUGCAUGCUGUGCUUAGAAUUAAAACAUCUCACUUACAAAUUCACAAACUCGAGGGGAAAAAAGUUGUGUUAUUGUCCUGAAAUGAGGCGUGUUGCCAAUACGCCAGGUAGCGGCAAAAUGGCAACAGUGACAGCGUUGAGAGAAGUUUGGCUACAGUUGGCAACAGGCUUGUAUGAAGUCACCAGAAACCACGAUCGCAUGUGGGAGUCCAUGUAGUUCGAGAAAUAAUUGUUGAGAAAUGAAUCUUUCGAUCUCAACGCCAGAUAGAAGAAUGCGAGAUGACUUACUUUACAUAGUGUUCCUUUUCUUUGUUUUUACUCUAGAUAGAAUUUGAAGCAAUAUCAUCAGGACGUUAAAAUUACCUGAGACAAUUUAUUUUUGUCCUUUUUUCUUUAUAUAUUUUUAAUAGCUAAAGCGAGUGCUGAAUUUUAUUGUAUUAUAUAUUAGCCACAGCAGAGACUCAUGAACAGGAUGCAGCGUUCUGUGAUCCAACUGGUUCAUCCAACAAAAUUUCGCAUUUACUUGACAAAAUUGCGCAUACCUUAACGAAACUACUUUUCAAAUGUACUUCUACUUUUGUGAUAACGACCACUUGCAGCUUAUUGUAUAUACUGUUCAAGUCAUUCACAGCCAUUAACUAGUAAUAAAGUGCAAAUGGCUUCGAUUUUCGGCGUUGUGUUGUCCAAAUAGGAAAGCAGCAUUGAGGCUGUUUACUUCUUACCAUCUUCAUUUCGCGAUUCGGCUCUCUGGCUGCUAUCUCUGGUCUACUGUAUUAUAAUAGUAACGUUCAUACGUUGGUGCUUAAUGUGUGACUGCCUUUUGUUUGCAUCACUUUCGACGAGAGUGUUCUGGUCUGUUCGUGUGCUUUUGUGCUGUUAUCCACCGCUAUUGUGUGUGUUCGUGUAAAUGAUAUAUUAUAGCCUAUCUGUAUCUUAUUUAAUAUUACCGUUUGUCACACUUUACGUGCGUUGUGCUGCAUACUCCAGCUGCUGUAUAAGUAAACAAGAAUGUGAACACAUAUAUACUGCGUGACACUUAAUUGUUGGGCUUCCACUCAUGAACACCCUCACAACUACCAGUUGGCGGAAACCCAUGAAGCGUCGAGUGCCACGAAGAACACGUGGUAGCAUCGAGUAUCGUAAAACUGCAGGGGACCGAAUUCACAAAGCUUUUCUUUCGUAAGGGCUUCUAAGUGCCCUUCGCUAGUUAUAUGUCCAGCAUCGGUAUUGGCUGAAAUUUUCUUUUAAGAACAAAUCUAGCGUAAGAGCUUUUUUGUGAACACGGGAGCAGCUCCUUUCUCAUAGCAUAUGUUGGCUUCUGUCCUCAAAAUUUGGUGUCAAACCAUUACGUUUGCUGCCGACGAAAGACGCCACGGUGAUUACGUGACGACAGCAUUACUGAAACACUUUCUACGCAAUUCCUGAAAAAAAAAUGUGCGAUUGGCCAAGAACUCUUCCUGCGCGCUUUGUCGCGAUGGCUGCGCGGAUAUGGAUUGUAUUUUACGUCUAUCAGGAAUAAACUUUUCACCAAGUGCCA